UCACGUCACGCUGAUUGGGUGGAUGUGUUCAUUGCAGAGCCACUCUGGUUCAUUCAUCUUAGAUAGCCGGAAGUAGUCUCAGUAGGGAGAGAAGAAGGCUAAUUUAUUUCGUGUUUUGCAGCCUGGUGUUAAACGCUGAGCUAUUUAAAUGCCAUAUGAUUGUAUUGGAAUGUCUCUGUCAACAUAAGCUUGGCCUGGGAUGUCAGAGGAGGACAUUGAACUCACUGGCAGAUGAAGACGUCACAUACUUUUCUAUAUUUUCCUGACCUUGGCUUAUGAAUGUCCGUAACACUGACAGCCAUGAGCGACAGCACAGUGACCAGCAGCCAGCAGCAGUGGUUGGGGCCCGGGCAGAUGCCACGGCCUUCCCGGGGCCCCUAUAUCUCAGUCAUCACCAACAGGACCACCAACCUGUUGAUCCGAGGAGCCCUGCUGUUCUCUGUAGGCGUCUUCCUGGCCCUGGUGCUGAACUUACUUCAGGUGCAGAGAAACGUCACCCUCUUCCCCCCCGAUGUCAUCAGCAGUAUCUUUUCCUCAGCCUGGUGGGUGCCGCCCUGCUGUGGCACAGCCUCAGCAAUGAUCGGGCUGUUGUACCCCUGCAUCGACAGCCAUCUGGGUGAGCCACACAAGUUCAAGCGGGAAUGGUCCAGUGUGAUGCGCUGCGUGGCUGUGUUUGUGGGCAUCAACCACGCCAGUGCUAAAGUGGACUUUGCCAACAACGUCCAGCUGUCUCUGACUCUGGCGGCGCUCUCCGUCGGUCUGUGGUGGACGUUUGACCGCUCCCGCAGCGGCUUUGGCCUGGGAGUCAGCAUCGCCCUGUUGGCAACGCUGGCCACCCAACUCCUGGUUUAUAAUGGAGUCUUUCAGUAUACUUCUCCAGAUUUCCUGUAUAUUCGCUCCUGGUUACCUUGCAUCUUCUUCGCAGGGGUGAUAACUAUGGGGAACAUAGGACGGCAGCUAGCCUUGUAUGAAUACAAAUUCAUUCAGGAAAAGACCCAUCAGGACUGAGGGAUCUCAUCAGGCCUCUGCUCCAGAUGACGUUUAAAGCCAGAGGCAGGUCGGAGAACAUCUGCACGCAGCAUAGACCAGGACUGGCUGGCCCCGGAUCAGCCACUUAGGCAGGAGUGCUGGACUGGUGCUUUCUGCCGGACAAGACAGUAUUUUUCAUUGGCUCUCGUCAGCCCAUUCAGAGCUCAGGGGGUGGGCCACUGGCUAUAUUCUAACCUGAGCUGAAACGAGCAAUGCGAGCAGAGUUUGUUGUGUUAUAUUUUUUUUCUUUUUUUUUUUCUUUGGUGCAGUUUAUCUCUACUUUCCUGGGAAGGGAUUAGCAGCGAAGCAUCUAUCGUUCUUCAGAUCAGCUCGAAUGUUUGAAACCUUUGGCUUUGUUGUGCCAAACACAGUCCCACUGGAUCAGUUUUAAAUACUGCUCUUAUCUCCUGAGUCUUUCACAUCCUUCACGUAUCAGUGGAGAACACAUAGCCUAGUUGACAUAUCUAAACAGAUAUGCAUCUACAUACCAGACUGUUUUUAUUGAAUGUUAUUAUUGAAUUAG